AUGAACUUCAGAGCCGUCGCUCGAGUCGUCAGCGAAUUUCUGAUCCGUGGAUGACUCCCGGUAAGGACGCCAUGGUGGUGCAGUAAAUGCAAAAAUGGGGUAGCUGGGUCUAAUUAUCUCGUACCUCCAUUGGUUGCUGGUCUAGUCUGGUAGUAUCGACAGUGGCUCCGCGGCGGCAACUCCAUCCCUUAGGGUUCCGGUGUCCCGGCUCGGGGGGCAUGGAGUUCUUGAUGCAGCCCGUCAACAGUAGAACUCUGAUAGAGGAAGUGAAUGACAGCGACAUACCGAUGGAGCCUCUUCGUUAUCCUGUUGUGUCGAUGCCGGCCGCGGAGUUGCUGACGGCGAGUGCAUCGAGUGCAGAUGCGCUGAUCUGCUCGGCGACGGCUGUAGCAAUACGGGAGGUUGCAGACCGUGCACAAGCAUAUGAGCACUCCAUAGAGCAAGUUGAUCCGCAGGCUGGGAUGGACACGAAGGUAUGGUUGCCUGCCACGCCAUAUGUAGAAAUCCGUGGUUUAGUUAAAAUUUUGAUACUGGAUUCAGCAGGCGGGUGCUGGUUGUUCUUGUAUGGACUGAAUAAGUUGUAAUGGUUGCCAUCAGUGAACACCUUGGGGACAGUAGUCCAGAGAAGGUAAAAACAGAGUAGGCAGCAUGGCGAGGGAGCUGUAUUAUAUGGUUAUGUGAUGAAGCGAGCCCAUGGAAUCAUUGAAAGUUAGCGUAAUAUAAGA